AACAACUAAAAAACUGAAAUUCAAACAAUAAUCAAAGUUGGAGUCAAAACCAGAGGAACCUGCAUACGAAGCAGCAGAUUCCACCCAAAACACGCAUCAGCUUGACUGACUAUUCAACACUUAUCUUUCUCUCUCCUCCACAGUCUUCUUCUUCUUCUCUCUUUACUUUUAUCAUCAAUCACUCAAAUUCACACCCCUUUCCAGCAGCGCAGCCAUACCUUUAUUUAUUUCAGUACCACAAGACAAAUAUCCGGGUCAAUAAUUAUUUCAGUACUAUCUUUAAUUUUUUAGCUACCCGGAAAAACAAUAGAAAUGGGGAGUAUGAGAAAUAUGGACCCUCAAUCGGUAGCCGAGAGGGCAGUUCGAGUAAUCGGGUACGGGUAUGAUCUUACUACGGAUCUCCGAUUAUCGUCUUGUAAAGCUGGACCGUCUGAUUCAAGAUUGAUUGAAAUUGAUCAUAGAUUCAGUAGAGAUUUGGUUUUACCUGGUGGAGUUGUUGUACCUAAUGUUCCGUCUUCUAUUAAGUCGGAUAAGGGCGAGCGCACUCGAUUCCGGUCCGAUGUUCUGUCUUUUAAUCAGAUGUCGGAGCAUUUCAAUCAAGACCACUCCUUAUCUGGUAAAAUUCCUUCAGGCCAUUUCAAUGUGAUGUUCAGCUUCAAAGGGUGCUGGCAGAAAGAUGCAGGUGUAACAAAAUCCCUUGCCUUUGAUGGUUGUUUCAUCACGCUUUACACUAUAGAGCUUCCCAAAUCCCAUAUGACACUUACUGAAGAUAUCAAACGAGAAGUGCCUUUGUUAUGGGACCCUGUUUCCCUUGCUGCGUUCAUUGAAAAAUAUGGAACCCAUAUUGUUGUUGGGGUAAAGAUGGGAGGUAAAGAUGUAAUACAUAUCAAGCAGAAUAAAAGCUCCAACAUUGAACCAGCUGAGGUGCUGAAUAUACUCAAGAAGCUUGCUGAUGAAAGGUUUUCUGAAGAUUUACAGAAUAGUGGAGCUAAUGGAAAGCCAAAGAACAAAAACCGGACUAACUGGCAACUCCAAGCAUCUUUGGCUCAGUCAUUCAGACCUUCCGUCACUUCUCAUUCAAAGAACGAGGACCUUGUGAGUAUUGCAGUGCGAAGAGGAGGCAUUGAUCUCGGAACACACAAAGAGUGGCUUUCAACUAUAUCUGAGUCACCGAAUGUGAUAUCUAUGUCCUUUGUGCCCAUAACAACACUGUUAUCUGGAGUCCAGGGCUGUGGUUUUCUCAGUCAUGCCGUAAAUCUGUAUCUCAGAUAUAAACCUCCAAUUGAAGACCUUGCUGAAUUUCUUGAGUAUCAGUUGCCUCGGCAGUGGGCUCCAGCAUAUGGCGAUCUUCCAUUGACCCUUCGACGAAAGAAAGAUGCAUCACCGUCAUUGCCAUAUGGAUUAAUGGGUCCUAAGCUUUAUGUAAAUGUUGUGCCGGUGGAAACUGAAAAUAGACCUGUCACAGGAAUACGGCUUUUCCUGGAAGGUAAGAAGAGCGACCGUCUUGCAAUUCAUCUCCAGCAUCUUUCAUCUCUACCAAGGAUCAUCCAACUUUCUGAUGAUCACAGCAACCAACAUAGUGAUCAACAUCUCGAAAAAGACUACAUAGAACCUAUCAAGUGGAGUAUGUUUUCCCAUGUUUACACUGCCCCAGUUGAGCAUAAUCAUUUAUCCACUGAUGAUGCUGCCCCAAUUGUAACAAGGGCAUGGUUUGAGGUCAAAUCCAUGGGCAUGAAAAAGGUUCUCUUUUUGAGGUUAGGGUUUUCUAUGGUGACUUCUGCAAAACUUCGAAGAUCAGAGUGGGAUGAAUCAAACACCUUAUCUCGGAAAUCAGGGAUGUUUUCAAAGAUUAGUGGACGUUUUAGCGGGGCAUUAACCCCAUUACCGGAACCCCAGAAGCCAGAUAUAAACUCUGCCCUCUAUCCUGGCGGGCCUCCUGCUCCUUCUUCGGCACCAAAACUGUCAAAUAUUGUCGAUACCAAGGAAAUGAUAAGAGGCCCAGAAGACCAUCCUGGAUAUUGGGUGUUGACAGGAGCAAAGCUGUGUAUGUUGGGUGGAAAGAUCAGUAUGAAAGCAAAGUUUUCAUUGUUAACCAUGAUUACAGCAGAAGAUUCAGAGGAUUCAAUGUCUAUGUAAAUUUUGUCAUACAUUAGUCAGAUAUUUUUUGAUUAGUAUAUAAAUAGAAGUAUGUUGUGUUUAGGCCUA